UCCUCCUCCUGCUCUUCUCUCCUUCCUCUGCCUCUCUCAGUCUCCUCUUCACCUCCUCUCCUUUACUCCGCUGAUCCUGAACACUGAGGAUGGAGACAUCAGUGAAAGCAGCAAAGGUGCUGGUGCCCCCCCAGCCUGACGUGGCGACCUCCUCCCCGGACGAGGAGAACGUCGAAGGCGAGGUGUCGGCUGCGGCGUGCGGCUCCUCCUCUGACUUCUUCGACCCCGUGCUGGAGUUCGGCAGGCGGCUGGAGGACAUCAUCAGCUCCCACGGCUCUGCAGCCAGCUUCCUGGACGAACAGAGCGUGGUGGAGGCAGAGACGGAAAAGAUGAGGGAGGAGGCAAAAGAGGACAUCCCGGUUACCAUGGAGACAGACGUCUCCCUCGUCAUGCGGAGUCUGAACAACAUCUCCUCCCCGGAGGAGAAACUGGAGGAUGUGGUCAGGAAAUAUGCUGAACUGGCAGCCCUGCGGCGCUGCGAUGAGAAGAAGCUGCUCGCCCUGCAGCAGAAGGUGUCCGUCCUGCUGGAGGAGAGGCAGCAGCUGCAGGCCGAGCGUCGCAGCGGCAUCGCGGCUCGCAGCAAACUGGAGACUCUGUGCCGAGAGCUGCAGUCACACUACAGCACGAUGAGGGAGGAGACCCUCCAGCGCUGCAGGGAGGAUGAGGAGAAGAGGAAGGAGAUCACCUCCCACUUCCAGAGGAUGCUGACAGAAAUCCAGGCUCAGAUCGAGCAGCACAGCGCCCGGAACGACAAGCUGUGCCGCGAAAACAGCCACCUGACCGACAAACUGGAGAGCCUCAUGAGCCAGUGCGAGCUGAGGGAGGGGAGUUUGGAGAAGAUCAACAGGCACCGCGACCUGCAGCACAAACUGACGGAGGCCAAACUUCAGCAGUCCAACGCUCUGCUGGCUGAAGCUGAGGAGAAACACAAAAGAGAGAAGGAGUAUUUGCUUAGGGAGGCUAUUGACAAAACAAAGAAAUGCUUCGCUAUGAAGGAGCAGGAGCUGGCCAUGAAGAAGAAGCUGGCCCUCUACGCCCAGAAGUUUGAUGAGUUUCAGGCGACACUGGCCAAAAGCAACGAGAUCUACGUCCGCUUCAAAAAGGAGAUGGAUAAUAUGUCAGACAAGAUGAAGAAAAUGGAGAAAGAGUCAAAUCUGUGGAAGACGAGGUUUGAGAACUGCAACAGGGCUCUGACUGACAUGAUAGAAGAGAGAGCAGAGAAAAGCAAAGAGUACGACCUGUUCGUCCUGAAGAUUCAGAGGCUGGAGAAGCUGUGUCAUGUCCUCCAGGACGAGAGGAAAGUCCUCUAUGCCAAGAUCAAAGACGUCCGUCACACUAACUUGAACCUCCCGUCGAAGGUCUGCGACAUCGCCGGAUCAGAGGAUGCUGACGAAUCUGGCCUCCUGAGUCCUGCGGAGAUCCAGGAGCUCCAGGACGAGGACCCAGUCCUGACAGAGGACAUGACUCGUCUAAGGGAGGAGCAGGCCAAGCUGCAGAAGAUUGCUGCCUCCCUGUUGCCCACACCUGCUGACAAUGACGAAGAGAACAAUGAUGAGGUGGACCCCGAAGAAGACGUGGUGGCUUCUGCGUUUGCCCAGUUCAAAACCAAACCUCAGGUCAAAGAGGAGCCGGUUUCAGUCCCUGAGCAGGUGAUAGAUGUAAAAUCAGAUGCAGCAGAAACUGAUCUCCCGCCGCCAGAUAAAGUGGACGAGGUUCAAAAGCCAGAUGUGUCAAAACCGGAAGCUCCAACACCUGAGGAGAAGACUUCUGAAAUGAUACCAACAGACCCAAAACCAGAAGAGGUAGAAGUUCAAACCCAAGUCGAAGUCAAAGAGGUGCAGCAAGCCAAACCAGAUGAGGAGAUCCAGCAGCCGCAGCCCUCUGAACAGGAACCAACGCCCGAGGCCGAGAAAGUUGAGACAGCAGUGGCUGAAGUCUUGGAGGAGCCAGUUGAGGUCAAACCAGUAGUCCCAGUAGAAGACGGGACGCUCCAGCAUCAGCCGGCUGAACCAGUGCAGGUAUCAGAGGAAGCACCAAAAACCUCAGAGUCAGCUCCACCUUCUGCAAACACACCUAAAACAGCCGUCCCCUCCAACACCGACUCCUCCAAGAAGCAGGCACCAAAGAAAAAGAAGAAGAAGGGCGGCAAGAACUCCAGCUAAAGUUUAGGCUGCGCAGAAGCUGUGGGUGUGGGUGUGGGUGUGGGUGGUGUUAUUUGGGAAUAGUGUGCCUGCGUACUAAAAUCAUACCGUGCCUUUACACCUUCUGUAAAGAUUAAAAAUCUUUAGUUUGUCCCAACUGGUGCAGCUGAAGUGUUUUCCCAUCGAUUUCUAAAGUUUCAGUAUCACCAGACGAGGACAGACAAAUAAAGCGACUGUUUUUUACAGUUGAAAUGACAGAAUAAAGAUUUAGUUUUGGCCUGUCUGGGGGAGUGAAAGGACAGAAAUAUUUAGCACUAACAAAAGUGCCGUAAAGAGUCAAUGCGCUUGCUGUGUGUCAAGCGAAAUGUCCUGACAAAAUCCUUAGUUGGCAUCUAUGCCAAUAAGUAGGCUCUCUUUUAAACCAGAUAUCACAAUGCAUUACGACGAUGCCAAUAAAGUGAUUUUCUGAAUAUCUGA